AUGGAGACAGUUGUCGAGGAGCAGUACAUCUUCACAGUGGACCGGUUCAUCAUUCACCGAGACUACGUGGGCAUGAAGAGGGGCUACAAAAACGACAUUGCACUCAUUCGCUUGGACCGGGAGAUUGACUUUGAGAGUGAAAACACUGAAGUUUCCUGCGUUUGUGAGCCGUAUCCUCUGGAGUUGCUAAACACUAACCAAUGCAUCGUUUUGGGUUGGGGUCAAACGACGGCUGAUAGUGAAAGCUCACUUUCCAAGCAGCUGCUUCAAGUGGGGCUUCCUAUUCUCAGUGACGCCUACUGCUCACAGCUGGAACGAGACUUCAGCUCACAUUGGGCGCUCUGUGCUGGCUUCACUGACGAGGACAAUAAGGAUGCCUGUAAGGGUGAUUCAGGUGGUCCACUGUUGUGUCCACUAGCUGAAACAAGUGAGGUCUACUCACUGGCAGGCAUUGUCUCUCAUGGCGUCGGCUGUGGCAGUCGCCUGCAUCCAGGCUACUACACAAGAGUGGAUCGAUUCAUCAGGUGGAUUGAGGCGCAAUCAGGGGAGUAA